ACACGCCGAGUGUUGUAUUAGUUACCAACGGAAGGAGCGGAAAAUUGAAACGAGUAAAAAAUAUGGCGGCCGCGACAAAUUCCUUUGACUCUUGGCUCAGUACGAAAUUGCAAGCAUUGAAUACCGACGAAGGAGUUUUUGGAUCGUAUAUUAAAGGAAUUUUGGAAGGAGAUGAAACUGAGGACGAAAAAACGGAAGCCCUUGAAGACCUUCUAACCGGCAUAACGGAGGAUAAUAUUAGCAAGCAUGUGACUGAAAUCUUAGCAGCAUGGACAAAGUGGUUGCCAGUAGAAGAUGCAGGUGUAGCAAGUGGUUCAACAGAGGACGUGGAUGUUCGAUUGGCUCGGAUGUUAGAGUCGCAGAGUCUUCCUACAACUACACAAAGGAGCUAUACGGAGGAGGAGCGAAAAAUAAGGGAAGCAAUUUUAGCUCAGUACAGUGAGAUGUCAGAUGGAGAAGAGAGCGAAGGUGAAGGCGAAGAGGAUGGUGCAGCCGGUGGUGAUUGCAAGAUUGAGAAAAAUACAAACGCAGUUGCAAUAGCACAACAGGAAAGGGAGAGACGAGAAAAGUCUAAACUUGAAAGUCAAAAGAAAAAGGAAAAAGAUAAGGAGGACCGGGAGAAGCAGAAACAGCUGAAAGAAGAGAAAAAGGAAAAACGAAAGACACAAAAGGGCGAGCGUCGGAGGUAGCAUCGAAAUACGAUUUUUCGAAAAUUGAUUUUGAGAAUCCGAAUCUAUAGAGUGUUUAUGUGCUCACCUGCGUAUAUACCUACAUACGUGUACGCGUGUAUUUAUUCUCGUGCAUGUAGUAACCUUCGAUAGCGAUCGAUAUUAUAUAAAUCGCAACAUUUCUCGACAAAAAAGAUGCGUGUAUCUCGCGUAGCCCUAGUCACUGACAUUGAAAACUAGUAGCAUUAUAAAUUCUCUACUUCUCGCAAAGUAGCUGUUAAUAUUUUUUGAUACCACAUGAAAUCGUUUUAUUUGUUGGUAUCGCAAGAAACUUUUCCAACAUAUUAACACUCAUUACGAGUAUGUUAAAUUGUUUUCUAAUGUCUGUACUGUGUUAACUCUUGUUAAAAAAACUCAACGAUUUUUACUUCUAGAUACGCUUCAAUCAUUAUUGAUCCUUUACUAAGAAAUCAUGUAUUUAACACCAUAGUUCCCUUAUUAUGUAAAACUAUGCCAUGAUAAGAUUUUACAUAUUUCUGUAUCAUCAAGCUCGUUUAUUUAAGUAAACUGCAGAGGUGUAUUUAGUUGUCAAAUAAGAACAUUUCAAAUGCAGUAUCGAUCACAACUCCA